AUGUCUGGUGAUAAUAGCAUGAUAUUCAUCUUUUUUAGUCCGAUGCACUCCAGUGAUGUUUUCCAAAAAGGCGCUAUUAUAGCGCAAUUACACCACAAGUCGAUACAGAACCGUGCAAUGCCGGUGGUUGUGGAUUUUGAUAAGCAGAUAGGAGAACCGCAACGUGUACCAGGCGUCGGUUGGGCUGUUCCUUGCGAUGUAGUGGGAUUGACUAGCAAGAAAGCCAAGAUGGUGAAGGUCCGUUUUCACCCCUCUGUAGAUGGUUUGAGUCGCCUGGACCAGCACGUUGCCAGUGCGGCUACUAGGGACGGUCUGAAGUUUCUCGACGCUUUGUUAGACGGCAGCGACUGGACACGUCAAGAGGUGAAACCUGUCGAUCCUCGCAUUGGUUACCUUGAGAGGAUAGCUCAUUUUCUGCAUACCCGCGAGCCUACGGUGUCCUUCAACAGUCGGAGUUUGGACCUAAUCUGGUCGCUUCAUCCGGAGUCACAUUCCAACGGGAAACUCGACAAGUUCUUAGCGGAUGUUCGUUGUUCACUUCACAAUCACUCCAUUGCAACCGCGAUAAUUGCAAAAGUACAAACGGAAUCCAGUAAAACAGGAGCAAUUGGUCAGAAAGUAGAAGUACUUUUCAACAAGAAUGAACUCGUAUGGCCGCUAUUGCGGUUGUCUUUACCGAAGGACUCUGAUUAUUUACUGGCUGGUACAAUAGAAGAUUGCUGGCAGCUGAACAACGAUGACUGCAGUUUACGAAUAUCAUUCCCUCGUGUUGCUGCUGAAAUUCAAGAGCAUCUACCAGUAACGCUACCUCGCGAAUUCCAUCUAGCUGUGAUUGAUAGACAUGAAGAAAUACCAGUUAUCAUGCAAUCGUGUCAAAUGCGUGUGGACGAGCUUCGUCUGCGUCUGGAACAAUCUCUAGCGUCUUUCCAACACUCCUCUCAACAAAGGGACAAGGCGCGCUCGCUCCGCAUCGUGCGCCAGAACGACAUCGAGGCGAUAAUCGAAGUCAACAACCCUGGGGAACGUUCUCGCUUUGAUCGUCUUCUGGCAACAUCGCCUUUGAAUGUGAUAUGCUGUAAUGGCGGUGCCUCUGCUCAGGCGGUUGCAUCCAGCCCGGCAGAUUCAACUGAUUCUGGUGUGGCUGUCUCACCGUUAUCAUCGCCCUUUAGCAGUGCCAAGUACUCUCCGUUCCAACAGCAUUUGGGCGCGAACCGACAACGUUCUGCGAGCGAUUGUGGUGAUUGGGAUGGCGUCGUACUGAAGAGCAUCCUCAAAAAACCUCAUCGCAAUGAUCGCUUCUUGAGGUCCCAAUCGGAGUCUCAGCAUAGCGGCUGCGGAGACAUCACGUCGCAGCUCUCGCUACUAAUGGAAUCGACUACGGAAGUUGAUGAAAAUGAAGAGCGGGCCGAUUUAGACGGCGAAGUGGUUACUGAGCAUCGAAAGAAACGCGUCUCAUUUAGCGAAAAAGUGCAGGAGCGACGUUUUCGCGUUGGGCAAUACGGAAAGAAGAAAGGGAACGAGCUCAGAGCGAGGAGAGUAACGAUGAUAGUCGCGGUGAUGAUGGCAGCUUUGACAACGACGAAAAGCCCGGUUUACGGUCUGAUCGUCAAGAUAGUGGAUUCGUUGACGGCGAUGAUGAUUGUAAUGGCGUUGAAGAAGUUACACCAGUACAACCUGAACAAGAUGUUUGUAAAAAGGAUCGUUGGGAAGAUACGGCUAGUAAACAGAGAGAGGUUGCCACUCAUUAGCUAGCUUCCAAAAGAGAGUUAGACGUUCCAGACGCGGAUUUUGCAGUUGACCAUCUUUUCUGUGUGAAAAUUGCUGUACAAAUUGAGCUUCUAUUUAUAUCUAUUCUUGGGUUCACCAUUCCUUAUUCAAUAAUGUUCCUUCCUUUUACGUUGUAGUCAAGUUGAGAAUGUACAAAUGUAGUCAUUUUUUCCCGGACGUAAAAGCCUUCAAGUAACGAGAGAUAUUUAUUCCGGGUGUUUGCAGUUUCUCUUUGAGUUAACUUCGUAGAGUUUUAGUGCCGUAGUAAUUUCUGUAGCGAGUUGUCAUAAUUUUACCUCCUUAAGAGGAAAAUGCGUGCAGUUUCGUAGUCUAUGUCCUUCCAGUAGCUGAAGGCCGCAUAUCUCUAAAGUUCAAAUGUACAUAUGUAUCCCUGCCGUGUGAUUAGAACCUCUUCUCUCAAUAACGAAUUGGAACUGAUAAUCAAGUUUAUUUUUCGUAAGUCUAAGUUAUUUUAUUUCAUUGUGUUGUUGAUUUAUCGUUAUCGCUAUUUCUAGUUAGCUUUGUUUUCAAAGAAAUUCACGAAAAUCUACAAAAAAUACGGGGGAGAUGGGCGUGUAUGGUUGUAUGUAUGUGUAUAUUGAGUGGUGUGGUUUUCGUUACUGUAUCAUUGCAUCUUCCCAUUUCCUUAUUCUUCCACUAGUUGGUGUUAAAUACUGAAUCUGUAAAUGAACACGCGCAUAUCCUUUUUGUGGUGUGAUCCUUACUGAUCCUGCAGCUCGUUUUAUAUUUCCCCCUCAAUCGGAUAACUCGUACCAAUGUUUCGUGUAGGCUUCUCUUGUGGUUUGUAGAACUGCUCAUGGUCUAGCUUCGCUUCCUGACAAACUUAUUGUAUGUGGUAGAAUAAAAGUUUUAUAAGUUUUAUGAUUGAAUAGGCAAACUGAAAAGGAAGCAUACAUGAUGCAAUGAUUCCCAGUUGUGUAUUUCGUCA